GAACCAAUUGGGGAUAGGUGGAUGAAUAAGGAAAGCUUGGUCUGAUUAGUCUAUACUAUAUGCCUUGCUAUUUCCCUUUUUCUGAGUUUCUCUCUGCACUUCUUGCUAGCUACCCUCUCUUUUGGGGUAUUUCUUUUCAUUCUCCAAAAACUCUUUAAUUUUCCUUCCCUUUUCUGUGCUAUUCUCUCCUCACUGGUCAAAAGGUUUGUGGGAUUUUGCUAAUUUGGUGCAAAUCUGAUUCCUUUGACAAAUCCCUCUUGAUCUCCUGGCUUAUUGAAAACUACUACAAUUCCGAGUUGCUUUUUUUCCCUAGUUGCUUUUCUGGGCCUUGAAAUCUUGCUUGGAGAAGGCUCAAUUUUGGUGGAAACCUCUACCACAAGAAAGCAUAGUUUUUUUGGGUUAAUCAUACUUGAGGUGUUUAGAGAUGGUGAGAGGAAAGACUCAGAUGAGGCGCAUAGAGAACGCCACAAGCAGGCAAGUCACCUUCUCAAAGCGGCGUAAUGGGUUGCUGAAGAAGGCCUUUGAACUUUCUGUUCUUUGUGAUGCUGAGGUUGCUCUCAUCAUUUUCUCUCCAAGAGGAAAGCUUUAUGAAUUUGCAAGCUCCAGCAUGCAGGACACAAUUGAACGCUACCGCAGGCAUAACAGGAGUGCUCAAACAGUGAACAGAUCUGAUGAACAAAAUAUGCAGCAUUUGAAGCAAGAAACAGCAAACUUGAUGAAGAAGAUUGAGCUUCUUGAGGCUUCAAAACGGAAGCUCUUGGGAGAAGGUUUGGGGUCAUGCUCCUUAGAAGAACUGCAACAGAUAGAACAACAAUUGGAAAGGAGUGUAAGCAAUGUUCGUGCAAGAAAGAAUCAAGUUUACAAGGAACAAAUUGAUCAACUAAAAGAGAAGGAAAGAGCCCUAUAUGCUGAAAAUGCUAGGCUGUGUGAGCAGUAUGGUAUCCAGCCACAGCCAGCAACAAAGGAUCCGAAAGAAAUUCAACCCUAUGCAGAAAGCAGUCCAAGUUCAGAAGUGGAGACUGAAUUGUUCAUUGGACUACCCAGGUCUAUCUAGUUGAAGAUAAUUUAAUCCUUGCCUAGUAUGAAAUAAGAAGCCCAACUGCAAUGUAUAAAUAUCACACGUUUCCUAAUACUUUGAGAUGAAUAAUAUUAUCGCUUAUAUUAUAUAAAGAACUUUCCAAUUUUAUGAUUA